AUGGAGGGAGAGAUAGUUAACUUCAUCAAGUUCUGGCUAACAGUCUGCAUCUCUCUCUGUUACUGCCACCGCGUCGGAAAACUCCUCCCUCCCGGCUCCGGCCGCCUCUCCGCCGUCGCCCCCGUCGUCGCCCUCUUCCUCUCCCUCCCUCUCCUCCUCACCUCCAUCCAUCUCGGCGGCCCCACCUGCUUCUUCGUCGCCUGGCUUGCAAACUUCAAGCUCCUCCUCUUCGCCCCCGACCCGCCGCUGCCUCUCCGCCGAUUCCUCGCCGUCGCUUGCCUGCCGAUCAAGAUCCACGAUAGCAAAAAUGGAAACCAUUCACAGGAAAAAUCGAGCCCUAAUCGCCGCGAAACCCUAAAUCCCCAACCUAAAUCGUUCCUCAAUUACGCGAUUAAAGCCUUACUCGUAGCGCUAAUGGUGAAAUUGUACGAUUUCUCAGAUUCAAUUCACCCGAAAAUCCUCUUGUUAAUCUAUAGCUGGCAUGUGUAUUUCUUUCUUGAAAUUAUCCUGGCCGUGGCGCAGUUUCUCGGCCGGCAUCUCCUCGGAAUCGAGCUCGAGCCGCAGUUCAACGAUCCCUAUUUCUCCACUUCGCUUCAGGACUUUUGGGGGAGACGGUGGAAUCUGACGGCGACGAACAUUCUUCAGCCCACCGUUUACAGACCGACCGUACGCCUCGCCUCCCGCGUAGUCGGCCGGAGGUGGGCGCCGCUGCCGGCGGUGAUGGCGACCUUUAUGGUCUCGGCGAUGAUGCACGAACUGAUUUUCUACUAUUUGGGCCGAAUGAUGCCCAACUGGGAGAUCACGUGGUUCUUCCUCAUCCACGGAUUUGCGUUGACGGUGGAGAUUAUGGUGAAGAAGAUCCUACCGGAGAAGCUGCGGCUGCCGGCGGUGGUGUCGGGGCCGGCGACGGUGGCGUUCAUCUUCUCCACCGCGAUCUGGCUGUUCUUCCCGCAGUUCGUGAGGUUGAAGAUAGACGAGAAGGCGUUUGAGGAGUACGCCGCGUUGGUCAGUUUCGUGAAGAACGGCGCUUUCUCAUUGGUCGGUUGA